UUCUAAAAAAAAAAAAAAAAAAUAAUAAUAAUAAAUUAUUCAAAACAAUAUGUGAGAAUAAUCUAAUAUACUGUACGGUUCGCGUAAAAUCAUGUUCGGACUUUGGAUCAAAUAUUUUUGAUUCUUUGCACAAUUUCAGUUCACGUGUCAUAUGAAUUAUAUUAUUAAUAAACCCUAUAUUAUUAUCUAUACCUACAUAAAUUGUGAUCGGGUUACGUAUGUGUUGUUAAAAAAUAAAAAAAUAAAACUAUUACAAAUUCGAUAAUCUUGUAUUUAUAACUACAGUCUAUACUUGUCACUAUGCACGCUACUAUGUAUGUAUAUCUAGGUUGAUAUUAUUUAUCUUCGAAAUUGUCGGUUAUCUCGAGUGUCGCCGCCGCCAUCACCGCCGUUUGCGAUUUUACGUCCUACCUUUUAUAUCAUAUUAUUAUACCGAUCUACUUCUUUAUAGGUACUUAUAAGUUAUAAUACACCGUCAACCCAUCGGCUUAACAAUCGCGAAACGUAAAUAAAAUAAUUACUAUAAUCCUAAGAACGACCAUCGUCACCGCCUCUGCCGUCAUGUUAAUCACGGCCGCAAUCGAAUUCACCAUGGUGUCCGUAUGCAUGUUCGCGUCCAGCGCCGGUGUGGCGAUUGCCGUCGUCGCCGUCAUCGCGUAUACGGUAUAUGGCAGGAUCAACAGGCACCAAUUGCUGUACAUCCAACAGCGGGACAUUUUAAACACCAAAUUAAAAGCGAAAGUGGCGUCCAAGGCGGAAAAUGAUCAAGAUAAGUUUUUCGAAGUCCGCGAUUAUUUGGAACGGCUAGUCGAAGGGCUGGUGGAUGGAGGUCUAGAUGACGUUUGCCUUACACCUCUGUCCACUCACCCGCUAUACAUGUCAAUAUGUUGGAAAUACCACGAACAGUUGGCCACCACGCUGACAGCAGCCAUACACUCCAUCAUAAACGAGUCUGACGAGUUUGAUGAUAUUCCAAUAAAAUUAAAUACAAUUUUGCAAGAAGUGUCUGACGAUGUAGAAAAUCUUCCAGAACUACAGGCUGCCCAGAAAAAGUGCGCUGUUCCACUGGCUGAAGAUUUAAAAGAAAAAAAUUACGAAGAUCUCUUGGCCACUGCUAUUUUAAAUAAGAUUGUUGCUAAUAGCCAAACGAAAAAAAAUGUGCCAACCGGAAGGACUCGAAUCACUAAAUAUCCUCCUAAACAAACGGGUUUAAAUCAGAAUUUUUCAAAUUCGAAAAAGACUGGAGAUCCGCGGAGAACUCCUAGAGUGUCUUUAACUGUGGAAGAAUUCACAGAAGAAGUUACAACAACUAGUUAUAAUACAUACUCCGAUAUCGAAGGUGAUUAUGAUGAUGGGUUCAACGAAGGCGACGAAGAAGACGAUGAAAGAUCACAAUCGGCUAUCGGAAUGUUUAUGUCAAAUGCGAAAUUGCUUCGUGGGCAUACUGUACCUUUACCAGAAUUCGGAUCUGAUUCAGUUGAGGACGGUAGUACCAUCGAUCCUGACGAUCAAGGGUUAAGUGCUACGGUGGACUCGUGGGAAGACAACUGGCUGUUUCAAAAAAAAAAGUUUAAUCGGAUUUCCGGUUCCAACAAUUAUCAUCAUCAUCCCGUUCCCGUUCCAAUGUUGGUGCCGAACCCAUCUGAAGUCACCAGGCCGCUAAUAGGCGAUCGUGAUGCCGACGAAACGUCCGAAUUGUCCGACUACUCAAAUUCAGCACUAGACGAACUACUCGAAGAACUCUCUGAUUUCGAAUCAGAGACGUUGCAGACGAAACAUUCGGACGUCGACACGAACUCUACAGAUGGUGGAAUUUUACUGUUUGAAGGCCCUAGCAGCGAAGAAGACAAUCCACUCAAUUGGGAUCCCAUAGUGGAGGCUUGUAACAAGCACGUCGCGCUUUCCCAAGUAGAUUCGGGCCAAGGUUCAAUGGACCAUCAAAGAGAUUUUGAUCAAUCUAUAGAAAUCAUCGAAAAACCAGUGCCUAGGCCAAGGUCCAGUUUAAUGUCAAAUAACACCGAUAGUGAAGUUAAUUCAGUUUCAUCCGAGGAAGUGAACGUUGCACAAGACGAAUCAUUACCUCCUAGGCCAGGUACGAUAGCAGAACGAGAACAUUCCAAGUGGGAAAAAGCAGUGCCACUGACAAACAAUCCGUACUCCGCUGAAAACAUCGAAAAGCGCAAGUACAAGUCAUUAUUCGGCAGCAGAAGCAGCAGCGAAGCGUCACUGAAUUUAAUUAAUGGGAACGACUCAGCUGGUCUUUUGAAAAUAGUCUGCAGCCCCUCGUUGCCGGAUACGCAGCGGUAUGGUCGAGAUUACUACAUCAAUCAGUCUGGGGAAUUGAAAACUAGACAAAAACAGACUAAGGUAUCCAAACUGGUAGUACAAAUCGGUGGAGACCAAUACGACGGUGACGCGCGGCGAACCAGCGGCGCACUGCAAGACUCCACGCGAAUCACCCCGCAAUCGCCGUCCAGUGGCGACUCGUCCGCGGCAUUUGGCACUUACGGCGGUCCGCAGCGCCAAGACAAACUGGUCCAGCUGUGCUCGUGGACGGACCGACGGGAGAGCGGAGUCAGUAUUCGUAAGAAUUCAAUCGCGGAAUCGGCUGACGACGUACACCACUGUAUGCCUUCGGUCAGAGAAUUAGCUAAACAAUUUUCGUCUAACAACGCUGAAAACACAUGCAAGAACUCGAGCAAACAAAUACACAGUUUAACGGCCAGGAGCCUUAGCCGAGAGUAUCGCGAAGAAUUAGGAUUGAAAAUACGUGAUAAAAACGGGCACACUAUACAAGAUUCGGACGAUAGUGGAAACGGAUCUGCUAAGUCUGAGGACGCUAUCUCCACGGUCAGUCACCAGUUGUAGUAAGCUUAGUGCAGAAAUUUGCUAUUACAAUAGGUUAAAAACUUAUUAUAUUAUUAUUAUUAUUAUUAUUAUUAUCAUCAUCAUCGUGAUGGCUUUAAUA